AAGCAGGAAUCGAAUAAUUGAGAUGCUGGAAUUUUGGCAUUUGGCAAAUUUUAUUGAUUUUCGAAUUUUUCAUCCAUAGUUCGUUGGGAAAAACGUCGACAAAAACAAGACAGCUAUACGUCACACUUUGCGUCAUUGAGUGUGCGCUGUUGCCUCUCCUCGCAGUGCAAGUGAUUCACUGUCAGUCGGUGGUGUAUUAAAUUUCAUAUGUUAAGUAGUGAAAAAAUAGUAAAAACGACAUGUUAAUCAAAGAGUACCGAGUUACUUUGCCCCUAACGGUAGAAGAGUACCAAGUUGCUCAGCUCUUCAGCGUCGCUGAAGCGUCGAAAGACAACACAGGCGGUGGAGAGGGCAUAGAGGUGCUCAAAAACGAGCCCUUCACAAACUAUCCCCUCCUCGGGGGUAAAUACAACACCGGCCAGUACACUUAUAAGAUUUACCAUUUGGCGAGCAAAGUGCCCGCAUUCAUCAGGCUGUUGGCCCCCAAAGGCAGCCUCGAGAUACACGAAGAAGCAUGGAACGCUUACCCAUACUGUAAAACUGUCAUUACGAAUCCUGGAUAUAUGAAGGAGAAUUUUGUGAUUUGCAUCGAAAGUAUGCACAUAGGUGAUACAGGGAAACAGGACAAUGCGCAUGAACUGUCGGCCGAUAAGCUCAAGAUGCGCGAGGUGGUGUUCAUUGAUAUCGCAAACGAUCCGGUAACAGCAGCAGACUACAAACCGGACGAAGACCCGACCAAAUUCAAGUCCCAGAAGACGCAGAGGGGUCCCCUGGUCGGUCCCGACUGGAAGGACAAUGUCGAUCCCGUGAUGACGUGUUAUAAACUAGUCACUGUAGAAUUUAAGUGGUUCGGGUUGCAGUCCCGGGUGGAGAGCUUUAUACAAAAAUCUGAGAGGAGGCUAUUUACAAACUUCCAUAGGCAAGUAUUCUGUUGGAUGGACCGCUGGCACGGCCUGACCAUGGAAGACAUCCGGGCGAUAGAGGACAAAACCAAGGAGGAGCUGGAGGCGUUGCGUCAGAAGGGCGAAGUGCGGGGCAUGAAGGCAGAGUCCGAUUAAAAUAACUAAUUUAGCCAAAAACAAAACAAACAAAAAAAAAGAAAGCAACACUAACUCCGAUAGCAAACUUUGUUGAAUUCAGAGCGAGAGAGCAAAUCUUAAAAUUAUCAAAAAAAAAACAAACAUAAUUUUAGGCUGUCGGUUUUCCGUUGGAAAGUAUUUUUUUAAGUACAAAACGAGACUGGGAGUGGAGCGGGUUGGUGCGUUAAGGCUUGUUUCGGAAAAACUGUCGGUUUUUAGAUGGGUUAGUCUUCCAAAAUAUCAUCGGACGUUAGAAUCGCGACCAUAUGUGGGCUUGUUUCCUUUAAUUCUUAUUUAUUCACGAUAAAAGUGUUACUAGAAACUAGAUAAGAAUAAAUGGUGCAGUUUGGCAACACCGCGCGGUAACGGUUCACUUAAGACAUUUUUUUUCGUUUGACCGGGCGGUUUUGCUUAUUUUAUUUUCUGUCAAACACGGAAAGUGAGGUUAGGUGCGCUAAACGUCGAUUCCAUCGCAUGUAUUGUCUGAAAAAAUAGGAAUUAACGAACGGUUGAAUCAUAAGACAGUUAACCUAGCUAUUGCUUUUAUUUUGCGGCUUCAUUGCUGUUUUUUAUUCGCUUGUUUUUAAUGCUGCGUUCUAAAAGAGUAUCUGGACAGAAUUUCUUUUUUAUUGUUUAAUAUCAACUCAAUCUCUGAGUUAAAUUUA